AUGAAGCGCAUCUUUAACUCUAUCAGCAAGCGGACUAGUCCCACGCGCCCCAGUCUUGCAACAACUACAACUUAUCCCGAAGACUCGCCUGAGGGGAUCAUUCUGCGAGAAGUGGUUGGUUCCAUCCCCUGGUUCUCCCCUGGUUCUCCCCUUCAGAAGCACAACCGCAUUCUGCGAAGAAGGUGCGAACAGUGUUGUACGUCUUUCUUUCCCCGCGUCUCUCAAUCGCGACAUCGUAACGCUCGCAUUUCUCCACCUGCAACGGAAGCACUCAUACCAUGUGUCCAGGGGAAUGAGUACGUCCAUCUGCCGGGCAUCGUCGAAAACGCCGAAUCGAGCCCCAACGCAGCUCGCGAAGCCGCUUUGUUGAUUUGCAAGAUCCUGUCGCAACCUUCGAAGCAACCCACUCAUGUCCAGUACAAUGCCAUCAUGCUGAUCCGCAUCCUCGCCGAUAACCCGGGCCAUACAUUCUCGCGCAACAUCGACUCCAAGUUUGUUGCUACGAUCAAGGACCUCUACAAACAGGGCAGGGACCACCGCGUUCACAGCUUCCUGAGAGAGACCUUGGAUGCGUUGGAGUUGCAGCGAUCGUGGGAUGAAGAUCUCAAGCUUCUGUUGCAGAUGUGGAGCGCCGAGAAGGCUAAGAACAAUAGCAGCCGGCCGAACGGGCUACGUGCCAGCCGGAGUUCAUCGCAAGUGCGGGCGCCUCUUCUGAGUCAGAGCCACUUUGAUCCUCCAAGACAGCAGAACACGCUCCCACAGCCUGAAGAGCUUGCUGAGCGGAUUUCCGAAGCAAAGACUUCAGCGAAAUUGCUCACGCAGUUUGUCCAAUCCACCCCUCUCGCAGAGUUGCUCGAGAAUGAUCUCAUCACUGAAUUUUCCGACCGAUGUCGCACGGCGUCUCGCGUUAUUCAGAACUAUAUCCAUGCGACGAACCCAGCGCCCGAUGAGGAUACGUUGUUGACACUGAUUCAAACCAAUGACGAAGUCACUGUGGCUCUGUCAAAUCAUCAGCAUGCCCUGCUUCGGGCGCGUAGAUCGCAGGGCCCAAGCGGUAGCCAGUCUCCGGCAACAUCAUCCAACAACGAGACUGCAGCGUCUGGUGCUGUGCAACCACACGCAGCGCCUCCAGUGCCACCCAGAGAGCCGCAGCGUACCUUCUUGCCAUCUUCUGCCUCGGAACCGGUGAUGCCGGGUCCUUCGGGGUCGUCCAGCAACAACGGCGGUUGGAAUGACCAGCGGUCGGGAGGUAGCGAGGACCAAGACCCGUUCGCAGAUCGCCACACCACUACCACCGCCGGCCCUUCAACGUAUGGUGAGCCGAGAUUGGACGGGCCGAGCAGCGACUGGUGGAAGGAAGCACAACAGCGGCCCGGCCAGCAUUCUUAA